CCUCGUCGGCUCCUCGGUACUAGUGCGGCUAUUGUUGUGUGUCUUUCAGGGCGACCCUGACCCAUCAGCAGGCGGUGAUUUCUGGAUAUAUUAACUGUUUUGCUUGGCUCUCACUCCGCCAUAUUAAGCAGCCUUUGUGAGGCGGCGGUGUGUCCUCGUUUUAAAGGAAUAUAAAGGAUCCCAGCGGAGGACUUUGGGCUGGUUGAAGUAGUUAAUCGGUAUGGGACAGACGGAAGACUGAGGUUCCACGUUAGAGACUGCCUGCUGUGUCUUUUGGAUUGUCGACGUGAAAUAAAAACGUGGUGAAAACAACAACAAAAAAAAACCGAGAUCACAGGACGCAUGUAGCCGAGGUACAACACUGCAAAAUUUGCUUUUAAGGCUUGACGAUGGGUUGCGUCAGGAGUAAAGAGGACAAGGGUCCGGCGCUGAAGUACCGACCCGACAACUCAAAUGCCACGCCGGUCAACGCCCACCUGGGCCACUACGGGCCCGACCCCACCCUGAUGGGUCAUUCACCAGCUAUGAAGACACACAACAACAGCUACAACAGUCAUGCGUCCGCCCUCACACCAUUUGGCGGGGCGUCCUCAGUCAUGACGCCGUUCGGCGGGGCCUCCACCUCCUUCACCUCAGUGGCCGUGAGCAGUCCCUUCCCUGGUGUCAUCACAGGUGGUGUAACAUUUUUCGUAGCGUUGUACGACUAUGAAGCGAGAACGUCGGAUGAUUUGUCAUUCAAAAAAGGAGAUCGCUUCCAGAUCAUCAACAACACGGAAGGCGACUGGUGGGAGGCUCGCUCCAUCAACACCGGGCAGAAAGGUUACAUCCCCAGUAACUACGUGGCUCCAGCCGACUCCAUACAGGCUGAAGAAUGGUAUUUCGGUAAAAUGGGCCGCAAAGACGCUGAGCGUCUCCUAUUGCUUCCAGGGAACCAGCGGGGCACUUUCUUGGCACGAGAGAGUGAGACGACCAAAGGUGCCUACUCAUUGUCUAUCCGGGACUGGGAUGAGGUGAAGGGGGACAACGUCAAACACUACAAGAUCCGAAAGCUGGACAACGGUGGUUAUUACAUCACCACACGGGCCCAGUUUGAGACACUACAGAAGCUGGUGAAACACUACACAGAACAUGCGGAUGGUCUGUGCUACAGGCUGACGACUGUGUGCCCCACAGUGAAGCCUCAGACUCAGGGACUAGCUAAGGAUGCUUGGGAAAUCCCACGGGAGUCCCUCCGACUGGAGGUCAAACUGGGCCAGGGCUGCUUCGGAGAAGUCUGGAUGGGCACAUGGAAUGGCACAACUAAAGUGGCUAUCAAGACCCUGAAGCCGGGCACCAUGUCCCCAGAGGCUUUCCUGCAGGAGGCUCAGAUCAUGAAGAAACUCAGACACGACAAACUGGUGCCUCUGUACGCCGUGGUGUCUGAGGAGCCCAUCUACAUUGUAACUGAAUUUAUGGGAAAAGGUAGCUUACUGGACUUCCUGAAGGAGGGAGAUGGUAAAUAUCUGAAGCUGCCCCAGCUGGUGGACAUGGCUGCACAGAUCGCAGACGGCAUGGCCUUCAUUGAGAGGAUGAACUACAUCCACAGGGACCUGAGAGCUGCCAACAUCCUGGUGGCUGAUAACUUGGUGUGUAAGAUUGCCGACUUUGGCCUGGCUCGGCUCAUCGAGGACAACGAGUACACCGCCAGACAAGGUGCUAAAUUCCCCAUCAAGUGGACGGCCCCUGAAGCUGCUCUGUACGGCCGCUUCACGAUCAAAUCCGACGUCUGGUCGUUUGGUAUACUACUGACUGAACUGGUGACCAAGGGCAGAGUGCCAUAUCCAGGUAUGGUGAAUCGAGAGGUACUUGAGCAGGUAGAACGAGGCUACCGCAUGCCCUGCCCGCAGGGAUGCCCCGAGUCCCUCCACGAGAUGAUGAGGCAGUGCUGGAAGAAGGAUCCAGACGAAAGGCCGACCUUCGAAUACAUCCAGUCGUUUUUGGAAGACUACUUCACAGCCACAGAGCCACAGUACCAACCAGGGGACAACCUCUAGUCUGGGGGAUUUGGGGGUCGAACUCUGGCUUCUUACAGAGGUACAUCAGUUUAGAGCAAAUUUUGGGACAACUGAGAACUUCAACACGGGGAAAAGCCUUGAUGAGGCUGCAGGGAAACAGGUUUUAAUACAAACUAGUCCACAACCACACUGGUUUAUCUGCAAGAGGAAAAUGUUUUGUGACGUAGAGGUUUGUCCCUUGUGUACGCGGGGACCAAAUAUUUGGGAAGUGUCCAACUGUGCAGAUUGGUGUUGGUACGUUAAGCUCUGGGAACCCUGCUAAACAGAAUAAUCCGUACGGACUGGCCACAACACUGUGAUCAAAAAGAGCGAUUGUCUUCUUAUUUCAAAUCAACAGCUACUUGCAGAUGCACCAUUUUUUUUUUACUUUUUUUAAAUGACACAUUUCCCCUCUUCUCCAAUUUCUCCCCCUUUUUAUUUUCUUUUACAACACUUUGAUAUUGGAGAUCUUUUGUAUGUACAUGAGUUUGGUUUGAAUAUGUAGGUCGAUAGGUGAUGUUUUUGAAGUGACCAACAGCUGUGGUUGUCAAGUGCGUGCCGCGUCUGUAAAGCUUCGGAGGCGAAGGUGUGAUGUGAAGCAAAUGAAAAGUGUUUUACUUUACGGAUGAACGAAUGUACCGAGAGAUCAAAGCAGAUGUACAUACAGUAUGUGCAAAAAAGAUGUAUUUUUCGCAGGUGUGAUCAGGUGGGUGAAUGAGAACAAGAGAAGACCGUGUUAAAAAUCCUACAAAUUAUAUUUAGUACGGUCACUUGAGCGGCAAAUCACGUCGAUUUUAUUAUGCUUUUUUCAUAUUUUUUUUUUUAUUUAAACGGGGACUUGAAAUCAUAAAGAGGUAUUUUGAUAAUAUACAAGUGCGAAAAACAUUUUUCCUGUUUAACAUUUUAUAAACGUUUUUUGAAACGGACAAUUCAGCUGUGAAAUUUAAGUAAGUUUGAGUUCAUUGUCUGUCUGAAAUUAGCAUCUUGUCUUUUGUUCGGUGCACAUUUCUGAUUGCUGUAUAACGUAUUUCUCCUUAUGUUGCACACAUCUACAGUUUAACAUCGCGGUAGGUGAGUUAUCUCAAGAUAGAUGUUCCAGGAAACUGUCAGAUCUAUUAAAUUGACGUCAUCGUUUAAAUCAUUUAUGCAGCUGUUUGUUUUUCUCAGUAAAAUCUCACCAAACUGAAACUUAAAGGAAGAGUUCUCCAACAAAUCAAAAAUACAUAUUUUUCAUUUCAGCUGUCGUGUGAUCCAUCAGUCUCGAUUGUUUUGGUGCGAGUUGCAGAGUGUUGGAGAUGCAUAGAGAGAUAGAUAGAGCUCAAAGCGCCAAAAAUACAUUUGAAAAACUCAACAGUGAUGUUUCGUUUUAGAAAUCAUGAUCUGGUUACUCAAGAUAAUCCACAAACCUUUCUUAUGAGCAGUUUCAUGGAGGAACUAUUUUCUUUCCUUUGAACGGUAUCACCACGUGGAUUGCAGUGGUAUGCCGGAUUCAAGGUGUACUUUAAUAUAAAAAUUGAAUGUUAUCAUACCAUUUACAUUUACUUAUCUAUGGUACUGAAAAAAAAAAAACGCUACUGGGUGGAGUAUCUCACCUUUAUUUUGGCUACAAAGGGAGACUUUUUUAAAGAUUUUCAGAUUUCAAUUAUAGUAAUAAAACUUUUGUUCAUCAAAAAAAAGAUCAUUAAUUUGGGGAUAAUUGUAACUGAAAUCAGUGAUUCUGUAAAACCAUAUUUUCCAUCUUGUCAUCUUGUUCCAUUAUCGGGGAGAAGGUCGACAUCUCUGCGGCCGAUAAUCUCCGACACUCGACAACUCACAGCAAAUCAAUCUAGACUGAUAAAUAGCACUACAGGUAAGAAGGAAAAAAAUGUCAAUUUGAUUUUGAGGUGAACUGCCAAUUUAACACGCAUGUGUCGUCCUUAUUUCUGUGUCUGCUGGAGGGGAAGUUUAAUCCAAAGUCAACAACACGAAACAAAUCCUUCACAUUGGAAAAGCAACUAUGCAAAGUCAGCCAGCAAUGUUUUAUGGAACAAAAACCUUCAGAUUUGCCUGUGUCGAGCUCCUUUUUAAUGGUUUUCUUACUUCCUCUCCCAGUUAUAAAGUUGAUGCAUCACCUCUGGAGCGAAUUAAGUGGAAGCAGACAAAACAAACACCUCACACACACUGCGGUCAGGUCGGAGCUUUAGUACUUUCAUAGAUAUUAAGAAUACAAAAGUCCAAUAACAAGUUCUUAGAGGUACUUCCACUGUCUGUCCAGCGGUGUGUGUGAUGGGAAAUCUGAGACGUAAAAGCAUCUUCUUGAUCUCAUUCAGUAAGGAAGCUAAAGGAUUGGACAAAGAUGUGAACAUUUUCUUGUAUUUCUUUUUGUGUGCGUCACUUACGAGAACCUAAUAUGUGAUCGUUCCCUAAAGAGAGGACUUGAACUAGUGGGAAGAUGAAAUUACUGAGAACUAAUGAUUUUGUACAGAAAAAAUAAAAGUUUUACUG